GCGUGACUUGUUUCCCUCCCCAAUUUUAAACCCCCCAAAAUUGAUCAGUCUCUCAGUGUACGAGGACUGGAAAAAGAAAAGCAAAAGGAAAGUAGAAACAAAAACAAUCAGGAAAAAACACCGAUACAGGGUGGAAGUGAAAACACAGAUCAGAAGCAAGAAGACGAAGAAUAAGCAAAAAGAGGAAGCGAAAAGAUGAUGAAAUUUUUCAGAGGAAAAGACAAUUCCCCAGAUGUUUCACCCCACUCCUUGUCUUCGUCACCGUCGCCGUCGUCGUCGUAUACGUCGGUGACCGGUCCGGCCCGGCCACUCCGACUUGUCUACUGCGAUGAGAAAGGGAAGUUUCGGAUGGAUCCUGAAGCGGUUGCUUCGCUUCAGCUCGUGAAGGGACCCAUUGGUGUGGUCUCCGUCUGUGGUCGUGCUCGCCAAGGCAAGAGCUUCAUUCUGAACCAGCUCCUUGGGAGGAGUAGUGGAUUUCAAGUAGCAUCAACUCAUCGGCCUUGUACCAAAGGGCUUUGGUUGUGGAGUGCGCCCUUGAAGAGAACUGCUCUUGAUGGAACAGAGUACAAUCUUUUACUGUUAGACAGUGAAGGAAUAGAUGCUUAUGAUCAAACGGGAACAUAUAGCACACAAAUAUUUUCCUUGGCUGUCCUCUUGUCCAGCAUGUUCAUUUAUAACCAGAUGGGUGGCAUAGAUGAAGCUGCAUUGGAUCGUCUUUCUCUUGUCACUCAAAUGACCAGACAUAUCCGUGUUAGAGCAGGAGGAAGAAGUUCAGCUUCUGAACUUGGGCAGUUCUCCCCGAUCUUUGUGUGGCUUCUAAGGGAUUUUUAUUUGGAUUUGGUAGAGGAUAAUAGGAGGAUAACUCCCCGUGACUAUCUAGAGCUUGCUUUGAGGCCAGUUCAAGGUGGUGGAAAAGACAUAGCUGCCAAAAAUGAGAUUCGCGACUCCAUUCGAGCUCUUUUUCCAGAUAGAGAAUGCUUCACCCUUGUACGGCCAUUGAACAACGAAAAUGAUCUGCAGAGACUCGAUCAAAUAUCUUUGGACAAAUUAAGGCCCGAAUUUAGAUCUGGACUGGAUGCUUUAACAAAGUUUGUUUUUGAAAGAACAAGACCCAAGCAGGUUGGGGCAACCAUAAUGACUGGUCCAGUUCUUGUUGGCAUCAUUGAGUCUUAUCUAGAGGCUCUUAAUAAUGGUGCUGUUCCUUCAAUUUCCUCUUCAUGGCAGAGUGUUGAAGAAACUGAGUGUCGAAGAGCAUAUGAUACUGCAUCUGAGGUUUAUAUGUCUGCUUUUGACCGUUCGAAGCCUCCAGAGGAAGCUGCAUUGAGGGAAGCGCAUGAAGAAGCAGUUCAAAAAUCGCUGGCUACAUUUAAUGCUGCUGCUGUAGGGCUUGGUUCAGCUAGGAAGAAAUAUGAGGGGCUUUUGCAAAAAUUCUUCAAAAAGGCACUUGAGGAUUAUAAGAGGAAUGCGUAUAUGGAGGCAGAGCUGCGAUGUUCAAAUGCCAUUCAAAGCAUGGAAAGGAAGCUGAGAACAGCUUGUCAUGCCACUGAUGCUAAUAUUGAUGCUGUUGUGAAGGUCCUUGAUGAUCUUAUAUCUGAGUAUGAGGCAUCAUGUCAUGGGCCAGGAAAAUGGCAUAAACUGGCUAUGUUCAUGCAAAAGAGUUUGGAGGGCCCCAUACUUGACCUUGUUAAGCAACUAAUUAAUCAAGUUGGAUCAGAGAAGAAUUCCCUCUUGUUGAAAUGUCGCUCAAUUGAAGAUAAGUUGGGGUUGCUUAACAAGCAGCUAGAAGGUAGUGAGAAGUCUAAGUCUGAAUAUCUGAAGCGUUAUGAGGAUGCUAUCAGUGACAAGAAGAAGCUAGCUGAUGAAUAUAUGAGCCGCAUAACAAACUUACAGAGUAAUUGCAGUUCACUUGGUGAGAGAUGUUCUAGCUUAUUAAAAACAUUGGAUUCUACAAAGCAAGAAUCUUCAGAAUGGAAAAGAAAAUACGACCAGGUCCUAUCCAAGCAGAAAGCUGAGGAAGACCAAGCUAGUUCUGAAAUUGCGGUCCUCAAGUCUCGAAGCAGUGCUGCUGAAGCAAGGCUAGCUGCAGCUCGGGAACAAGCACAGUCUGCUCAAGAGGAGGCAGAGGAAUGGAAGAGGAAGUAUGACAUUGCUUUCAGAGAAGCAAAAGCUGCCCUUGAAAAGGCUGCAAUUGUCCAAGAACGCACAACCAAGGAAACACAAAAGAGAGAAGAUGCUAUUCGGGAAGAAUUUGCAAACACUUUGGCCGAGAAGGAUGAAGAAAUAAAGGAUAGAACAGCAAAGAUUGAAUAUGCUGAGCAAUGCUUGGCUACUCUUAAGUUGGAGUUGAAGGCUGCCAAAUCAAAAGUUGAUAGUUAUGAUGCUGAAAUAUCUACAAUGAAGCUCGAAGUUAAAGAGUUAAGUGAGAAAUUUGAAGCUGCAAAUGCUAGGGCCCACUCAUUUGAGAGAGAGAAAAAGAUAUUGGAGCAGGAGAAGAUCUAUCUGGAGCAGAAGUACCUAUCUGAGAGCAAGAGGUUCGAGGAAGUCCAGGAGAGGUGCAAAAUAGCAGAAAAGGAAGCUACAAGAGCAACUGAAAUUGCUGAUAAAGCACGGAUUCAAUCAGACACUGCUCAAAAGGAAAAAGGGGAGAUGCAGAGGUUGGCAAUGGAAAGACUGGCUCAAAUUGAGAGGGCUGAGAGGUAUAUCGAGAAUCUUCAAAGAGAGAAAAAAGAUUUGGGGGAUGAUGUAGAGAGAGUUCGUGUAUCAGAGAUGGAAGCUCUUUCAAAAGUUGCUCUACUUGAGGCAAGAGUUGAAGAAAGAGAAAGAGAAAUAGAGUCAUUGUUGAAAUCAAACAAUGAGCAGAGAGCUAGUACAGUGAAAGCCCUUCAGGAUCUUUUGGACACUGAACGUGCAGCACAUGCAGAUGCAAACAACAGGGCAGAAGCCCUCUCUCUUCAGCUACAAGCCACACAGUCAAAACUUGACUCCCUACAGCAGGAAUUGACUUCUGUUAGACUGAAUGAAACAGCAUUGGAUAGUAAGCUCAAGACUGCUUCACAUGGAAAACGAUCAAGGGUUGACGAUUAUGAAAUGGGUGUCGAAUCUGUUCAAGACAUGGAUAUGAAUGACAAAGUUUUAAGAGGAAAUAAAAGGUCCAGAAGCACGACUAGCCCUCCAAAGCACACACAGACAGGAGAUGGGGGUUCCAUAUUCAGGGCUGAUGAUGAGAACCAUAGUCAGCAAACUAAUCAGGAGGACUACACAAAAUUCACAGUUCAGAAACUGAAGCAAGAACUGACAAAACAUAACUUUGGUGGUGAGCUACUGCAGUUGAGGAAUCCCAACAAAAAGGAGAUCCUUGCUCUGUAUGAAAAGUGCGUCUUACAGAAAUCAUGAGCCGUUAAACCUCUUCUAUGCAGAUGAUGUGUGUAUUAUACAGGAAGUUGACUCUAUAAAACAGUGUAGGGGCUAGGUGAGCUUAUGCUUUCAAAUUCAUUCAUAAAAACAUCUCAUCAACAUUUUGUGCAAAGGCGAGCUUCUUUUCAUUUUGGGUUCUUCUUUUGAAAAUUAUUCUAGUGUAACCAGGCGAAGUUUAAUUUCUUAGUAGUGCUUAUCACUGACCUCAACAUCCUUUUUAGGUGACCUUUGGCUCUUUUUUACCUUAAUUUAUUUUCUUCAAUCUUCUUGUGUUUUCUGGGUUUAUAUUGGUUAUGGUAACCGUACAGUGUGAAUUCUUGUUGAUAGGGUUUAUGUGGUGUGUGCCAAAAGCAAUUGUUGGUUUGGUAGGGUCAAUUAUCAUGAUUGUAAUGACGAUGGAAGAUGGUAUAAUAUGUUUGUGUGGUUUUUUUAUACUCUA